ACUGUUAUACUGAUAAGUGAUGAUAACGUUGAAAUUAAAUAAAAAACCAAAUUGUUGACCUUUUACUUAGAUCAUAGUAUAUGUUCUAAGACUUUUUAUUAAAUUUGCUGAUAAUUUGACACCGACAUUUUUAUUCAUCAAUAUGGGCAGAGUGAGUUGUUUUUAUUGUCAAUCUACACCAUCCAAAAUUUCUGGCUUAACACUGCACACGUUACCUGCUGAUAAACAUUUACGUAAUGCUUGGCUUAAAGCUUGUGGCUAUAAUGAAAACGACUAUUCUCCAGAUAGGAGAAUAUGUUCUCAUCAUUUUGAAGAUGAAUGUUACAAGGCCACUGCGAGAAAAUUAUUAAAACCUGGCUCAGUUCCUACCAAAUUUCAUAAGAUUAGUCAAUAUUUAUAUGUUAACAAGCCUAAAAAGCAAAUUAUUGAAACUAGUGACAGUGAACCAUCUUGUUCACAUAAUGAUAAAAGUCAAUUUAUUAAUGAAAAAACUCCAAAACGAAGGAGGAAUCGUUAUGUUGGUGAUGUGACUACUCCAGAUUUGAGUACUCCUAAACAUGCAAAAGAAAAUUUUACAGUGGCAAAGUUAAAAAUUAUUAAACAGAGGAGGAAAAUUAAAACAUUAACACAAAAAAUUAAUAGGUUACAAAAAAAACUGUCAUCGUUAAAAACUUUGUUCGCAUACAUGAAGAAACAGAAUUUAUUGAGUGAAGUAGCCCAUGAUAAUAUUCUGGUAAUGUAUAAACUAAAUAAAACUAACUUUAUAAAUCAUUGGAAUCAAUUAAUUAAUAUUAACUCUUGAAAUUAUGUUAUUUGUCAAGCUAAUAUUAAUACAUUUUUUUGUUUUUGUGAAUUUCAAUCAUCUUGAUUUACUACUGUCCAGUGAAUGAAGAAAAUAAACAAUACAUAUCUGAGUUUUUAAUUUAUUUUAAAGAAUAUGUUGAAAACCUUGCAUAUGUCAACAACACUAACAAUACAAAUAAUGAGUAUUUAUUGAAAAGCCAGCGUAAAACUGGAUUUUUAGGACUAAUUAUAUACUUAACAAAUCUUUUAAAAUUACAUGAAAUUCUAAAACCUUAUAUUUUAUACUUACUUUCAUAUAAAAUUAGCCAGGAUCACUUGGAAGUGUUUUUCAGUGCGAUGAGAAGCCAUGGAUUUAAUAAUAACCCAAAUGCCAUUCAAUUUCGAUCGGUAUAUAAAAGGUUACUUGUACGCCAUGAAAUAAAUGGUUCAGAAUUUGGAAACUGCACUCUUUUAAACAGCUCUACCAUUCUGUAUGUGAGUGCAAAUAAGAGGACUGACGCUGAUGAAAUUUUUAACUUUAAUGAUAAUGAUGAAUCCCAAUAUUUUGAUGAGUUCGAUCACGACUACGAGUACCAAAGACCUUCUUUAGAAGAUUAUGUAGUAGAUGUUGUUAAAUAUACCAGUGGCUUUAUAGUCCGUAAAAUAAAAAGGCAAAAAAAUAUUUGUACAAUCUGUGAAUCCCAAUUAAUUGAUGAAAACAAUGAAUCUAUAUCAUUAUUGUUAAAAAUUAAAAAUAAAGGAAGAUUAAUUAACACAUCUGCAGAUGUACAAAAAAUAUGUUUAGCUACAGAACAUGUUAUUAGAAUGAAUAAUCAUCUAAUUCUUACCAAAAAAAGUAUAAGUCAAUAUUUAUGUAUUAAAUCCAUGAAUGAAGUUUGUUUUGAAACAUCUAUCUUCAAUAGUGACAUAAUGAAAAAUCAUAUAUUAGACCAAGACGUUAUCAAUAGUCAUAGAUCACAAUUAAUACAUUUAAUAAUCCGCCAUUAUGUCACAAUCAGACUGCAUCAUUUUGCUAAAAUGCAUACUUUAUCAAUCACUAAAAAAAAUAUUCGAAGGAACAUGACAAAGUUAAUUUUAUUCAAAAAUUUUAUAAGUUUGAUGUUGUAUUGUAUUAAUUGUAUUAUUAGAAUUUUUAUUUUUAUAUAAUUAAGAAAUGUGAUUAUUAUUAAUAUUACCUAUUUAUUUAUUUAUUAAAAUUUGGAAUAACUUUUGUUGACUAAUUAUUGUUUACUAUUGUAAAAUGUAAAGUAUUGUUAAUUAUAAUUUUCAUUUUUAA